UAAAGGCGGCGGCGCGGGCGAGCCGUGGAGCGGCCCCCGAGAGCAGCAGUGGCUGCGCGGCUCCAUGCACUGCAGCAGAAUGAUACAGAUCUUGGACCCAAGACCUUUGCCAAGCUCCAUGAUGCCUGUGGAUGUGGCCAUGAGAAUUUGCUUAGCUCAUUCUCCACCGCUGAAGAGUUUUCUCAGCCCCCUUGAGGACUGCCAAAGAAACAACUUUGUGAACAGACUGAAACCCCUCAGACCGUGUCUUCACGUGAAACGUGACUCCGAAUCUCAGAAAAGUGGCUGGAACCACUCAGCAGCCCGAGCCAAGAAGCGAGUUGUGUUUGCAGACUCGAAAGGGCUGUCCCUGACGGCGAUACACACCUUCUCCGAGGUCCAGGAGCACUCUGGGUGGGAUCUUCAGUUUGACCUCUUAGGCAUUGAAAACAUAACAUCUGGCUUAAAGCUACAUGAGGAAGAAAACUUGAUUUUGGGUUUCCCUCGACCCUCAGCUGACUACCUGGACUUCAGGAACCGCCUGCAGAAGAACUUAGUCUGCCUGGAGAACUGCACCCUGCAAGAGAAGGUGCUGUCAGGCACUGUGAAAGUAAAAAAUGUGAGCUUUGAAAAAAAAGUUCAGGUUCGAAUUACCUUCGAUACAUGGAAGGCCUACACAGACGUUGAGUGUGUGUACAUGAACAAUGUUUACAGUGAUUCCGAAAAUGAUACCUUCUCAUUUACCAUUGACUUGCCUCCUGCCAUUUCCUCUGAAGAUAGGAUAGAGUUUUGCAUUUCUUACCAAAGUGGAAGUCAUACGUUCUGGGACAAUAAUGAGGGUCAGAAUUACAAGAUUCUCCAUGCAGAGUGGAAGCCUGAUGGUGUUCAGAUACCAUCUGCCAACAAGGACUGUGUAAAUCCUCAGCCUCCAAGGAGAGGACAGGAGAGAGUGCCUGAUCAACUUGGCAGUCCAAGGCUGUCAAGGGGUCUCUUCCCCCAGUGGCAGAGCUUGGGGCAGUUAGAAAAUUCAUCACCAUAUUGGUGAUCAAUAUUAGCAAGGAAGCAUUCUUCCAUUUGGCAACAGUGUUAGUUAUCUGGUUCACAUACUACAUGGCAAAACCAGCUGGCAGGUUUUGUUGGCUGGCUGAACAAAUCAAAUUCACUAGUCUGUGGGACUUGUUAAACCACGUUAUGCUACUGAAGUUCGUAGCCAAACCUUAUCCUUGUAAGGAAGGCAACCAGGAUACAACCAGUGCAUAUGCCACCUACUAUAGAAAUAGCAUGUCCGUAUCUUAAGUAUAUGCUGCUUUCUUUCUGCUGUUGACUCUCCUGAGUCACUAGAAGAGAGACUCUUGUGAGGAAGUAGGGAAGGCAAUGGUAUCUUAGCAAGCUGUAGUAACUGCAUGUGUGAGUAAGUGUGUGUGUGCACACAGGGAUGUUACAUGAACAGAACAUAACAGUUCAUUUUACACCUAUUAGGUGUGCAGUAGAGACGGGGUGAUGCUAUCGGGAUGGAGGCUCACUACGACUCUAUGUGCUUUUAGCAGAGGCAGGUAGUAAUGCAUGGCUAGGAUUUGUGGCUUCAAUACAGGUUAAGAAACUUGGAGAGAAUAUUGAGAAAGUGGGAAAAGAAGAGGUAGGAUGUGCUGAAUAACUUGGAGAUGUGCAGUGUUCUAAUUUGUGCUUUCCAAAGCUAGUCUUCUAAAUCCCAGAGGAUGUUUUAUGGGAUAAAAAAAGAGGAUACAAAAAAUGAUGCAUAGUGAGCGUUGGAAGUGACCGCUGCUUUGGGAAGACAUCUCUGUCCUCAUUUGCUUUGUGAAUAAUAAAUGUCUUGCAUUUGAGAACAAAUCUAACCUCAACAUCAUCCUACUCAUUGGGCAGAGAGUUACCUUCUAAUGUUAAAAGAAAAACAUGCCUUUUAAAAUUUAAAAACCGCCCUACAUGCCAAAAACAGGGUCAGGUGACAACAAAAUUCCCAGUCUGUAGCAGCAUUAGAUGAUUUGACUCAUCACCUGAUCUUACAGCAUCUGAUGGGUGAGUGUCCUGCUCUCAUUUGCAAAGUCAGUGAUGACUUUUCACAAGUGUAUAACGUAGGCAAGGUCCUUCAUAUUGAAGACAGUGAGUUAGCUGCACUUUGUGAAAGCUAUUUUCUUUAAAAGGGUAGGGUUGCUACUAGUUUUUUUCUAGACUGAAUAUAGGCUUGCACAUAAAUAGAAAACUAUUUUAUUGUACCUCAUUUUUUGAAGUUUCUUUUUUUAGACUUCAGUAAAUGUAUGUUUUAUAUCUGUAUGCUUAUAAUUUAGCUGAGGUGUCAAACUGGAAAGGUGAUCUAUGUUUCAUGCAAGACUUGUGUGAGAAAUUGUCCAAUACAUACUCAGCAGGUGUGAAUACUGGCACACAUUUUAGCUGUACGGAAGUGGUAUUAACAUCAAAAUAUAAAUCACAUUUUUGCCCAUUGCUAAGUAUAAUAUCCUGAGUCUGAAGCUACUCGCAGUGCAGUAAGAUGAUAAAUAUUAACGUGAAACAAGCCUCCUCCACUAGUUGCACUUUUUCCCUACAUAAUCCUUGCUGUUAUGUGAAAACUGGCCAUUUUAAGAAUAAAUUGUAUUUUGAUACA